CGUACUGCAAGCGGAAGAGAAGAUGGCGGCCGCGAGGAGCGGGAAGAGUGGACUCCGCUGGAGGAAAUGGAGGAUCGAUGAGAAACCAGUGAAAAUAGAUAAAUGGGACGGAGCCGCAGUGAAGAACUCUCUGGACGACGCUGCUAAGAAGGUGCUCCUGGAGAAGUUCUGUUACCUGGAGAACUUCAAUCUGGUUGACGGUCGUCUGGUGAUCUGCACCGUCUCCUGUCUGUUCGCCAUGUUGGCUCUGGUCUGGGACUACCUGCACCCCUUCCCCGAGUCCAGACCGGUCCUCGCCUGCUGCGUCAUCUCGUACUUCAUCAUGAUGGGCAUCCUGACCCUGUACACCUCCUACAAAGAGAAGAACAUCUUCCUGGUGGCCCUGCAGAAGGAUCCGGCCGGGAUGGAUCCGGAUCACGUCUGGCAGCUCUCCUCCUCCCUCAAAAGGUUCGAUGACCAGUACACUCUAAGAGUCUCCUUCGCUGACGGGAAGUCGAAGGCCUGGAGGGAAGCCGAGUUCACCAAGUCUGUGUCGGUGUUCUUCGACGAGAACGGGACUCUGGUGAUGGACCAGUUUGAAAAGGCUGUUUCUAAACUCCACGAUUCGCUGGCAUCGGACAAGAAAACCAAAUAAAUCCGAUAAUCGAUCGUCAAUACGUCCGCUUGUUUCGACUCCUUCCACAGUUCAUCGCUCUCAGUUAGCAGAGAGAAUCCAUCAGUUUAUCUUCACAUCAUUUAUGAAUUGAUGAUUAGAAAACGCUCCCAUUGGUGUGUUCAGGGACGCUCAGAGAUUUCACCGACCUCAACGUCCACUUUGUUGUAAUGUUUCCCCGAGCUUUCAGCUAUGUCUCAUUGUCUUCUAGGCCAGUUAAUCCAAAUAUCCAAAUCACAAGAAUCUGACAAAACGUAAUUUUGUAUGUUUUUUGUAGACCACCAAAUGUCUCUUAAUCACAGUUUGAUGUUUUUACCGUAUGGUGGAGCUUUCUCAGUCGUCAUGGAGACGUCGGCGCAGUGCGUGAUGGAGGUUUAAUGGAUUCUCUCCAUAGCUGAACUGAAAGCGAUGAACUCUCUGAAAGGAGGUUUUACUCACAGAUAGAGAACGGUUUCACCACAGUCAGUAACUAUCCAGUGUUUACAGGAAUUAUUUGGUUUCACCUCCAGACAGUUUUAUCGGCGCUCUUUUGGCCUCGAGUCCCUUUUUCUUAUUUUUUUGUUUAAAAAUGAAUAAAAGAUGUUCAGAAACUGAAACGGCGCCCUCGUUGAUCGGUGUGGAUGAACGUCUGACGCUUCUUUGGCUCCACAGACGCAGCGUGUAACUUCUGAAUUAAGAGUCUGUGUGAAUCUUUUACUUUAACUGUUCGGCCUCAUUCUCAGAACGUUCUCAAUGAAGAGAAGCAGCAGUGUACAUUACACGACCGACAAAGAGUUCGCCCACUGGGAGAAGAAUGACUCGUCACUCGUCGCCGUUCGUCUCUAAAAAGUCUCAGUUCUGUUUUGCGAAUGGUUAAAAAAAACAAAAAACAACCACCUACAGAGCCGGUUGAAUCGACAGGAAGUCAGACACAGAAGCACACAGGAUCCAGUCAGUUUUCAAAGUAAAAUACCCAAGAUGUAUAAAAUUAAAAGAAAGCAUUGCUCUCUGUAGGGUUUUAAUACUCGUGGAUAUACGAAGUCAAACUGCACCGCAAACCUUAAACGUUAAACUGUGACUGACAACUAAAGAUAAUUUAAAAAUAAUUGGUCAACUAAGUCCCAAAAAUCACUGUCCAGGAUUUCACUGGCUUUCUUACGGGGAUUGUUGCUCCUAAAAUGUCUGCGCUUUUCUAAAAGAAAAAUGUUUUAAGGUUUAAAAAAAAAAAAAAAGAAAUUCUGCGAGAAAGUGAAAGUUUCAUUUUCUUGUGUGUAAUUAAUUAAAAAUAAAAAAGCGAGUAAUGUUGGGGAUGUAUGAGGACUGAAAACUACACUGAAUUUGCAGCAAAGUCGCAGUGAUCAGAUUAAAUUACCAGGUCGUGCUGAAUUCACAGGGUUUGGUUGAAUUUGUUAAUUCUUGCUUCACAUCUUCCUGAAAGAACUGAAAACCUUGAUUCCCAGAUACAGGCUGGAAGACGCUUCUGAAACGCUCUCGCUAGGGUUUGAUGUCGCAGACUACCGUGCCGCAGACGGGACACCAUAAUUAGUCAGUUUUGGGGUCGUUGGUGAUUGAGAAUCACUGGUUUAGAGGACAAUGUUCUGCAGCUCAUUAAAGGUUUAAUAAAAGCAGGUAAAGUGUUAAUUCAGGACGCUGUCGAAAGUAUUUGUGUGAAGUUUAGAUUUUUCUGGAUGUUACAGGAACACUUCAGCUCCACAAGAGUUCCUGUUGAAGGUUUCUGGAAUCAGAAAGUGACGUGUCGCAUUGUGAUUGACUGGUUUUUGGAUCAUUACUGUCAUUGGUUGAUGGAAUAAAGACACAACAACGUGACACGUCACUGGUGGGCGGAGCCACAUGAGGGAGAAUAAACACCUGUGAGGGUCAGACAGGUGGAAAACAAGCAGCAGCUACUAUAAAAAAAAUAUAAAAAACAAAAUGUGAAUAAAAAUAUUUUGGGUCCAUUUUUGAACUUUUUAUUUUAGUUAAGUUGAAGUUUGACAUUAACGACAGAUUAGCAUUAUUAGCAUCUCCCAAGCUAACGGGUCUGAAUGCUAAAGACUCCUCACAGACAGACAUGUUGAUGCCUUACAACAGGAAGUGGACUGAAUGUCGACCAAACUUUUCAUUUUGAAUGUUUUGUACGGUUAUUUUCCUCAGAGCCUUACUCUGUGUACCUUCUGUGUGUGGAAAUAUUAAAGAUGGAUAUUGUUACCAAAGUCCUGAGUGAC